AUGCCGAGUUUGAUAUCUGGUCAGAAAACCAUGGCCUACGAAAUUCAAGAUAAUGCCUUCAGCGCACGACUUCUCCCGUUCUUCAGUGUACUGCCAGAACCUUGUCAGGUUAUACACUGCCCACCUCUCAGUCACUUCUACUCAGACGAGGAGUGGGGGAAAAGAGCUCUGCGAGGUAGACGGUCUACUGGAAUGCGGGAUACAUGUCCCGACCAGUGUAACCUAUGA